AUGUCCCAUAAGAAGAUCAUCUAUCAACGUCCAUUCGAGCGGAGGCUUCGGUGUGACUGCAACUGCCGAAAAGUGGGUGGCAAGAAAUGUGUUUGCUAUUGCCUAGUUUUCGUUGUUGUCAUCAGCAGCGAUGAUCUCAAUGGUAGUACUAUCUUCGACUUAGGAAGCCUCGGAAACGAUCAAAACCGCAUUGCUGGCCGAGGUCGAGGUAACGGCAACAACAGAGUCGGAGAUCUCAUGGGCGCCAGAGCAAACGAAAUUGGUCACAACGACAGACGGAACAACUCUGCUGACUUUGAUGCCACGUCUCAUGUUGCAAUAAACGUGACACCAUCUUCUGCCAACCUCGAGGUAGCUGAGCCUCACGUCUUCGAUGAAAGGUUCAACCUCAAAUACUCCGUGAUCAAGAUAUCCUCUAGAACAACAAGAACGAACUCGUCCCAGGAACCCAAUUCUACUCAUGGUCGAGGAAGGUACCUUGGCGGCGAGCGCUACUUGGAGAACACGAAUGAUUCAUUUACUAUUUCAGCUCCCGGCGGACGUCAGCAGCGCAAUCUCUCUGAGCCUCUCAGCGAGGACAAUGAGCCUUACUCCCACACUGUGGCAGAGUGGGAGUUGGAGAGCACCGUGGACGAGAAUGUAGCACAGCGAGACAUGCAUGUUUCUGUCACCAACGAGGAGACCCUGGUUGGCUUUUGA